AUGUUGGAUUCCAAAGUUGCGGAAGCGACUCUUCAAGCGACUUUGCUCAACGGCUUUUCUGGAGUGUGUGCUCAGGGCAUUACGGCUUAUAGAACCAAGUCUUUUGAAGUUGAACUAGAGUCUAUACUGCGGUUUGUAGUAUACACAGCUCUUGUUACGCCGCCAAACUACAAAUGGCAAGAGUUCUUAGAGCGCAAAUGGCCAUCUAGAAAGCCAAUAAACGAGUCAUCAUCGGACUCAGAACCACCACAAAAGCAAAGCAAAGACGCAGAUAAAGAUCGUCUAAGCUUAAGCAAUACGGCAAUCAAAUUUCUCUUGGAUCAAUCAUUGAGUGCACCCAUCAAUACGGUGGCUUUCAUCUACCUCAUGGGUGGCAUGACAUUUCAGAGUAACAGCCAGAUUUGGAACAAUAUCCAAAAAGACUUUUGGCCUAUGCUAAUUGCAGGAUACCGUGUGUGGCCAAUUAUUGGCCUCUUGAAUUUGAGUGUGGUGCCUUUUGACUACAGACAACUAGUUGGCAGUACGGCUGGACUAUUUUGGGGCAUCUUCUUGAGUUUGAAUAAAAUGACAUAG